AAGCACUAAAACAGAAUCUUAUAGUAAAUUUUAUUGCACCUUUUCCCACAAACACUGUCUUUCUCUCAAACCCUCAACACAAAUAAAACCGUUUCAUCUCCGCGUGCGAACUCGGGGAUCUGUGUGUGUCCAAUGCGCGCGGACCGGCGAUGGUUUGGUCCAACGGGAGCGCGAGCGGCUGCUGCGGAUCCCCGGGGUAUGUCUCGGACACCGGAGCGGCUCGCGACUCCCAGCUCAGCCUGAGCCCGACCGGACACUCGGUGGUGGCUGCGUGCCUCGGGCUCAUCUCCACCUUCGGCUUUGUGAACAAUCUGCUGGCGCUGGUGCUGUUCGGCCGCCACAAGGCGCUGCGCUCUCCCAUCAACCUGCUGCUCAUAAACAUCUCACUGAGCGACAUGCUCGUGUGCGCGCUGGCCACGCCGUUCAGCCUCGCCGCCAGCACGCGCGGACGCUGGCUUGCGGGACGCACCGCAUGCGUGUGGUACGGCUUCGCCAAUUCGCUCUUCGGCAUUGUGUCACUCAUCUCCCUGGCUGUGCUUUCCUAUGAGCGCUACUGUACCAUGACGUGUCCUGCCGAGCCUGACGUCACCAACUACAGGAAAGUUGCAUUGGGAGUUGUGCUGUCCUGGGUCUACUCCCUCAUCUGGACUCUGCCACCGUUCUUUGGUUGGAGUCGCUACGGACCCGAGGGGCCCGGAACUACCUGCUCGGUGGACUGGACUGCCAAGACGGCCAACAACAUCUCCUACAUCAUCUGCCUCUUUAUCUUCUGCCUCAUCCUCCCAUUCCUCGUCAUUGUCUACUCUUAUGGGAAGCUGCUGCAUGCUAUCAGACAGGUGAGUGGCUUGAAGACUUCCACUGGCCGGAAGCGGGAGCACCGUGUCCUCCUCAUGGUCAUCACUAUGGUGGUGUGUUACCUGCUCUGCUGGCUCCCGUAUGGCAUCAUGGCACUGCUGGCUACGUUCGGAGCGCCAGGUCUGGUGACAGCCGAGGCUAGCAUCGUGCCCUCGCUCCUGGCCAAGACCAGCACCGUCAUCAACCCCGUCAUCUACGUCUUCAUGAACAAGCAGUUCAACAGAUGUCUCCGAUCUUUACUCAAAUGCGACGCGACCCAACAAGGCUCCAUUUUGAAGAGCUGGUCGAAAGCAAACAAACCCAUGAGGCGCACUGACAACAACCUCACGUUCAUGGCUGCGUCAGUGGAUCACAGGUCAGCAGCACCCAGUACCUCAAAGAGCAACAAGGAGCCUCCAUCGACAGACUCGGCCAAACCGCCAGCGCUGUCCCUCGUGGCUCAUUACAAUGGCUCGUUCUGAGAGUAAGACUCUGCAAUGCGACACAAGCGAUGAUAAACCUCCUGUUUUUUACAUUGGAAAGAGUGAACUACAGGCUAUGCUUGAGAUCCAAAAUAAGAGAACUCGUAUGCCAUUCAUCAAAUACCUCAAACUGAUUAAAAAAAAGGCCAAUGUUUACAUCUGAUCACCUCAAUUUCUUUAUCUAAUCUUUGCAGCUAUGCGUGCCACAUGCGAUUAAAAAAAAUCACCCUUUUCCAAAGAUCUUCAGUGUGUGCAAAUAUAAAUCUGUGCCUGUAUAAAUCUGGCUCAUUUUUGAUAAAGCGUUUCCUGGGGCCUGCAGCUUGGGUCUUUUCUUCCCCCAAGGAACUUUUUUUAAAUUAUAUUUGUGAAAUCUACUUCUCUCUUUGACAGAACAUGGAAGCAGGGUCUUUGCUACACCAUAGACUGCAAGAAUUUUUUAAAGCCAAUAUGCAGUAUGAAAGAAAACGUACAGCAAAAAAAAAAAAAAGUUCCAGUGCUAGUUAAAUGGGUGUGAAGUCAGAGUUGGAGACUAACGCUGUCUGAUAUCACACUUAAUAACUGUUAUUCAAGCAGCCUGGUCUAUGUUACUGCUGCAAGUAUUAAAAAUUGGAAUCACUGUUCUAUAUUCCUGCUGUGGUACUUUGUAAAAUUGCCAUAUAUUCAUUUUCAGAUGCUGCUAAUCAUCUGAAAAUUUGAUCAGUCAUCUACAGUGACCAUAAAUUGUGCCAUUUUUGUACAAAUUCAUAAAGAUUACAUAAAAUACUACCAUUAAUCCAACUUUGAUAUAAUUAUAGCAUUUUUGAAACAUAAUAUGAAAAGAGGUAUAGCGUGUGAGAGCAAUAUUCAAUUCAUUAAAAAUGUCUACUUCUGUACCUACCAACAAUGCAAAAUAUUUUGUACAGAUGUGUGUUGUGCAAUCUGUCCAAUUAAAACGCAGCUCAGCCAAACCCUUGGUUUAUUGGAGUGAACUUCCAUUGGAAGCACAAUGCCAGUGCCAUGUCUUUUGGGUUAACAUAGUGGUUGCAUGUUUUGUUUUAUUUUCCUUAUCAAUUUCUUUCUUUUUUAAUAAGAAAUCAACUUAAGCAUGUUUUUCAGUGAGUUAUGUUUAUCUAAACUGUGGAAGAAUCUUGAGAAUGGUUAAAGAUGGGUUCCAAGAGAAUACGUCCAAGGCUUGACAAGAUAUCCCUAGUGUCCAGAUGUGGAGAAGGGAGUUUUCACAAGAUGUUUUUGGCUUAUUAUAAAAAAUCUCAUGUAUUGUUCCUUUCUCUGUUUUUCAUUAUUUCAGAUUAAGAUUUCUGUUAAACUCUUAAGCUUUUGUCUCUAGGAUUAGUGCCAAAGAUUAAUGAUAUAUCUAUCAGUUGUCUAAUAAAUAUACAUAUAUGUUGUCCCUCUGGUGGAACCUUUAAAAGUUUCAAGUAGAAACCUACAAAAGAGUUUCUCUUUUUCUGAAUGGAUGUUCCUUAAGGGUUCUUUGGCUGGUUAAGAGCUCUAGCGUUCUUGAACCUUAUCUGACAAGGAAACUCUUUGUUGUAGGGUUCUACAUAGGACCUUUAAGGGUUCCUCCAGAGGGACAAAUCCACUCCACUGUGUAUAUUUGAGAAAUAUGUAUAUGGAUAUUAUUUUUUGGGACACAUUUUGUAAAAUGGUAAAAGAACCAUUAGGGGAACUCGUACGAAUUGUAAGAUUUCAUUUCUGUGAAAAAUAGCCUGUGUGUGGCCAGUGUUCUCUUGUGCAUCUUGUGAUAAUCACGUCUACUGUUCUUGACUUAAAUAGCCUUUAGUUGCUUUAUCCUUCAUACAAUUAGUUUUGUUUUUAGCUGUCUCAAAAGGUCAGUCUGUUCUGCUGUCUUUAUUAGAUAUUACUCCAUAUGCACUAAGGGUCCCUGGAGGUUCUAGUGGUUAGGCCACAGUGCUCUCACCGCUACAGCCCAGGUUCGAUUCCCGGCCAGGCAACCAAACAAUGCACUCCUAGUGCCGGUCCCAAGCCUGGAUACAAUUGCCCUAGGAAGGGCAUCCGGUGUAAAAACUGUACCGAAACAAAUAUGCAGACCAAUGAUCCGCUGUGGUGACCCCUAACAGGAGCAGCUGCAAGAACAACAGCUCCAUGUGAGCUAAAUUGGACAUGCGUUAUUUAUUCUGAUUACUCACAGACUUAAACACAAACUGGGUGUUUUAUAGCUUUUAGAGUCUUUUGGCAUUGUGGACUUUUUGGGACAUCUUGGGAUUUCAAAAAAAUUGACUGUGAUCCAAUAAAGGUCACAUUUCUGAAAAAAAAAACAAACAGACUGUUUAAUGCGUUUAAAGGGAUAUCAGUUUGGGGCAUUCAAGAGUACCGAAAGCUCAUUUUUUUCCACCAUGGGAAAUAUAACUACAUAUUGAAAGGUCCAUUUUUAUUUAUUUUUUUUGCCACAGAAAUACAUUUCAGUGUGAACACAGUUGACCUGCAAGUAUAGUAAACUAUUCUACAAGCUAGUCUCUGGUUAAAAUAUCAUAUACACUGGAACUUUAUUCUGUUUUUAUAAAUGAUAUGAUAAAUAUGGGAUAAAAAAAAUCUAAAAGUAUUCUUAAAUUGUAGCAUCUGGAAAAUCCUGACUUAUUUUUAGGCUUUUUUACUGUAAUGUUGUUGCUUUUUUUUUUUUUUUAAAGCACAUAGUACAUCCAUACUAGCAGUGCAUCAGACACUAACUUAUUAAAUCUGUAACAUGUUAUUAACUGAUUAAUCAGAGUUUAGGAUGGGGAAUCUGAAAUGAUUAGAAAUUGACAUUGGACAAAGUGGAAGUGUGAUUAUUUUGAAAUAGUUGUUGGUGUGGAAGUGCGUGUAUGAACUUGCUUAAAUAUCUAGUUUUUAGCUCCUUUACAGUAACUCCAGCAUGGAGCAUCUCAAUGUAGGAAAGUAGCAAAAUAUGAGCGGCAUAUAUUAUCCAAACUCACAGCCUCAGGGUCGUCGUGUUCUCAGGCUGGGUCUUGAUUAUGGGCAGCUUCCGCCGUAGGGCCUGCUGAGGAGUAGCGAUAACUCAGACGAAUAAGGACCAGCAGUGUCGUCUCUCCAUCCUGCUUCCUGUUUGAGUGUGAGAUGACGCAAACUAACCUUGUGAACAGUCUGAAGUUGUGAUGGUUUAAUCGUGAUCGUGAGUUGCCUUCUUGACAUGCAUGAUUAAGCUCUUACCAUAAUUAAUUAAUUUUUACUGUGCUGUUGAAUUCUUGAAUCUGAUUGGUCAGAAGGUGUUGAUUUACUUUUCUAGAGCCAGCUGUAAUUCACAUGCACUUGUUUGAAUACAUUAUCGUUGCUAUAGAAACAGCUUAUUCACAAGGACUUACAGUGGUGGAUGAUCCACAUAAUCUAAUGCUAAUAAUACACAAAUAAAAAGUGUUUUACGAAGAAAAACGUAUAAUUGUUGAUAAGUUGAAGGCUUCUGUAUGAAGACGUUUAUGUAACAUUUAUGGAAGGAGUCUAAAGUGCUAGCAAGUUUUCUGCCAUGAAACUUUCUGGUUUUCUUUUUUGUCAAAUGAGAGAAAAAGAGAGAGAGGCUGGUGAGGGAAUGACUGUUUACAGCUGCUGUAGUGUAAGCGAGAACAGGACAACAUGAAAUGU